AUGUCGCGCACAUCGACUACACGCAGCUACGGCGGUCGGAGAACAACGGCGGGCAGUCGGACGAGGCCGAUGCUAUUCCAGACGGAAUUGCCCAUCAGCCCGACAGACAGACGGCGUCGGAAGCUGUUUCCGCCCAAGAUCGACCUCGUUGACGUUGACGACCUUACGGAGCAGCUGACGUUUGUGUCGCUCGACGAUGCACUCACGCUGGACCACUUCGACGUUGCGCCGCCAGACGACAUUGUCUUGGAGGCGAAAGAGGAGCGGGUGCCGGUGACGGAUAAUCUAUCAUUGCAAGAGACCACGACGCCAGCGAGGACGGAGGAUACGGAAACGACAGAAAAGGAGCCGACAGAAGAGGCGGUGCCCGUCGACGAACCGCCAUCAGUCGACGUGUCGAGACACGAUGGCCCCAAACCAACAACGGAUGAAAGCCAUGCACCACCUCUCAGACGCUUGGACGACCACAUCGAUGGCCACCUCCCCGACGACUCGCUGCUCGACGACUCCUACUACCACGAAGACAGCAUCGACUCUGGUCUGCGCGUGCUCACCUGGGCCGACUUGUGUCCGCCGGGCGACCGCAUCGAGAAGAUCGCCGAAGCCUCCUACGCAGAAGUGUACCGCGUCACCAACGAGCGCGGCACGAGCAUUAUCAAAACCAUCCGACUGGCGUCGCCCAUCAAGGCGCAAACCAAGGCCCAGGUACGGUCGGGGCUGGUCGACGAGGAGCCGCACGACGAAGAGGACCUGCGGGGCGAGCUGACCAUCUCCGAGUGGCUGGCCGACAUUCCCGGGUUUGUCGUGUACAAGGAACGCUACAUUGUGCGGGGCCGCGCGCCCAAGGACCUGCUCGAGACGCACCAGACGUUCCACCGGCGCGCCAAGCGUCAGGACCCCGACCGCCUGCAGUUUUACCCGUCGCCGAGCCGCUACCUCGACGACACGCGGUUCCUCGUGAUUGAACUGGGCGAUGCGGGCCGGGCACUCGAAGACACGACGCUGGACUCGGUGUCGCAACUGUGGGAUGUGUUUUUGCACGUCGCCAUCGCCCUGGCACGAGCGGAAGACCAGAUCCACUUUGAACACCGCGAUCUGCAUGAGGGCAACCUCUGUGUGCGACAAGUCGCGCCGCCGCGCUGCAAGGACGAAGCGGACGACUCGCCCGUUGUCUUUGGCUUUUCAGGGCUCGACAUUACGAUUCUGGACUAUGGCCUGUCGCGCGGCGAGGAUGUGGACGACGAUGACCGGAGCGAGCCCAUCGCCUGCGACCUCGAAAAGGACCUGAGUCUGUUCACGAGCACCCAUGCCGAGCAGUGCAAGGUGUACCGGCAGAUGCGCUCACACCUCCUUAAAGGCGACCGUGUGCACCUGCCGCCGGACUGCCACGGCACGCCCUACGAUGCCGGGCCGGACGGCGCGCCCAUCUCGUGGAAGGACUACCAUCCCUACACGAACGUUUUGUGGCUGGCGUACCUAUACGAGUACCUGGUGCGCCAUUACUGCGGCGAUAAGUCCGAGCUGGCCGCCUUUCGCCGGGCCACGCGCGAGCUGUGGCUGCACAUGAGUCCGGACGCGCCGCCGGCUGUGCUGUCGUUCCCGAGCGCGACGGACAUUGUGCGCUUCGCCGUCGAGGCCGGCUGGUUGACGGAGGCGCAAUUGAUUGGCGGCGGCGGCGUCAGCACGGAGGACAGCUUCUUCAGUCGGCGUGACCGGACGGGGUGUACGACGGUGGACAUCUCCCUGCUUCUCAGUGAAAGCGUGGCGGCGGACGAGAGCACAUGCGGCGGCAGCGAGAGUAUUAUUGAGGCUCAAAUUGUUGAGCGUGACGAACUGGAGCCCAGACGGUCGCCGCGUCGACGGCGGCCGGUCGUGCGGUACGGUGAUUAG